AUGGCUUAAAAACUCCUUAAAAAAUAAAGUAAAUAAAAAAACAAAAAAUCAAACAAGAAUGACAAAUCAAGUAUUGAAUUCAUUUAAAUUAGAACACAAAAUUAAAAAGAAUAAAUCUUAGACAUUGUAUACUAAACUUGUUACUGAAGAAAAUACCAAAAUCACAAAAACCAUAAAUAAAAAUAUUGAAGAAUAAAUGAUGGAAAAAGCAAAACUUAAUUAAGAAUCAUUUAGAUUAUUGAAAACCAAGGAAGAAUAAAAGAAGAUAGCAAAGGAAGCAAAAAAAUAAGCAUAAUGA